AGAAAAAAAAAACCCAAACCCCAAACGGUCAUCCCCUCGCCUCCCUCUCUUUCUCUCUCUGCUCUCCCAUUCGAAUCAAUGGCAAUGGGCGGCAGCGGCGGCGCGGCGGCGCCCCCGCACGGCCAGGUCUAUCUGUCCGAGUGGCGCCGUGCGUUCGACCGCCUGGUGAAGAUGCUGCGCCAGACGCACGCGCAGGCCGAGGCGCUCGCGGUCGAGCGCGCACACCUCUUGACCGAGCUCGAGUUCCAUCGCUGCGGCCGGCGCGAGCGCGAGGACAUCUUCCAGGCCCGCAUCCAGAAGAUCUCGAGGGAAGAGGCGCGCAGGAAGAGGGCCGAGAAGGUCGAGGCGGCGAAGCGUCUUGGGAAGAAGGAAAUGGAGCUUUGCUGCUACCAGAAGUUAGCAGAACUCGCAGAGAAUGAUUUGGAGGAUUUCAGAAGUUUUAUAUCCACUUUGGCUGCUGAAAACAACGAACUCAAGAUAAAACUGAAGGAGAUUGAAAGUCAGGCAGAGCUUAGUGAAAGCAAUGUCAGUCACCAGCACAGCGCAAAAGAUUUAAGGGCAGAGUUAAGGAAACUAAAGCAAGCUUACAAGACCCUGAGCUCAGAGAAGGACAAGGAAAUUUCUGCAAUACGUGCAGAAAGAAAUUUUGUGUGGAACCAGCAUAACACAAUGGAGAAGGAGUACAGAGAAAUCUGUAAGAAAAAGACCAUAGAGGCGAAGCAAGCUACUGAAGCAGCAGAAAAGCUUCAGCAGAAUGUAGAUGAGUUGAAAGUGGCAGCCCAACAGAAGGAUGAUGAAAUCAACAGACUGCGAGCAGAGGUGGUUAGUGCCAAAGAGAAGAUGAUAAGUCUUGAGGAUGAGCUAAAACAAAUGCACUCCAUGGUCAAGGGUAACUAUGUUGAAACUGAUAAACAUAAAGAUGAUCAACCUGAGACUAGUGGAAAGUGUAAGCAGAAUAUUAAUGAGACAAACAGAAAAUCUAAGUCUGAAGGUCCCGUUUCAAUGGAAAAAUCAAGCAAUUCCCAGGCCACAUCAGUUAAGAGAGAAGUGAAGACUUCCAGAACGCGCGUGCCAAGUGCAAAAGAGAUACAAAGUCAAUCAAGAGGGCAAUCUGAUGCUAGUCAAAAGCGCAAGCGUGGCUUGUCCUUAUAUGGUCCCCGACCUUGUUCCACAAGGCUUCAAGUUAGAACCCCCGCGUUGCCCAUGCUCUUCUCCCCCUGUUUCACGGUUCCAAGGCUGGAAAGGCCCCAACUGCCUAGCCCGAAGCCUCUGUAGCCAGAUAUCCUGACAUGUGCAAUUGUUCAUACACACCCUUCUCUGACAGUAUUUAGGCGAGGCUAAGCUUAUCAGUUGCUACUCCCGCGCCCAGCUCGACGCGAAGCGGCAAUGGAUGAUUGACUGUGUUUGUAACUUAUGCUUCUUUUUAACUCCUUCUAAGAGUUUUUGCGUGUGUUGGUGCCGUGCCAAUGGAUGUUAUUUAUGUAAGCCCCCUGCUGGUAGAAUCUGUGGAUGCCCUAAUGUCAGAUUGGUUGGUUUCUGAGAGUUUGUUGGGGUUGCAUGUUUGUACCACUACCAUUGGCCGUGUGUACUACUGUGCUUGUAUAUGAAUGGAUACUAAAGUAUUAUGUGUGGCUUUGCGAGUUCCUGGUGGUAUGAAUUAUUCAGAAAUUUGUUGA